AUGUCGGUCCCACCACCUCCCCCCUAUGAAGAGCAAAGCUCGCACCUCUACGGGCAGCCUGCGGGAGACGGCCAGGAUGGCGGCGCUUUCGUCCCAGAAGAUUUCAAAUACUCCACUGUGGUCGUCUCAUGCGAACCCAUAAUCCGCCAGCGGUUCCUGCACAAGGUUUACUCUCUAUUGUCGUGCCAGUUACUGGCCAGUCUGUCGUUCUGCUACUGGGCCAGCGUCUCCACGUCUUUGCAGAACUUCAUCAUGUCACACAUCGCCAUCUUCUACGUGUGCCUGGUGGUGUCAUUUGUCUCCUGCAUCUGGCUAGCGGUAAGUCCUCGUCCCGAGGACUACGAGGCCAAUGUCCCCGAACCGCUGCUCACGGGGACCGGUGAAGAAACGGCACAAGAGCAGAGACGUCUGCCCUGGUACGUCCUGUCCACAUACAGGCAGAAGCUCACGCUGCUGUCAAUUUUCACGCUCUCUGAGGCAUACUGUCUCUCGCUGGUCGCUCUGGCAUAUGACAAGGACACCGUGCUCUCUGCGCUACUGAUCACCACCAUCGUUGUGGUCGGCGUCUCUUUAACCGCGCUAUCCGACAGAUUCCAGAACGUGCUGAACUCCGCUACGUCUAUAUACUACUGGCUAAACUGGGGCCUCUGGAUCAUGAUCGGGAUGGGCCUCACGGCCAUGCUCUUUGGCUGGAGUACCCACUCGUCCAAGUUCAACCUACUUUACGGCUGGCUAGGUGCCAUUCUUUUCACUGCGUACCUGUUUAUCGACACUCAAUUGAUCUUUAGAAAAGUGUACCCUGAUGAAGAGAUAAGAUGUGCUAUGAUGCUUUACUUGGACAUUGUGAACCUGUUCCUGUCCAUCUUGAGAAUCUUGGCCAACUCUAACGACGAUAAUUAA